AUGAGUAAGGCUAAAUUAAAGAAUGUUUUACGGAAAGAUUUACAGUUAAUUCAAGAACUACGCAGCGAAAUAGAAAGUGAUUUAGCCGCUUUGGAUAUUGCUGAAAUGGGCAAAUGUCAAGGCUGUCAAAUGCCCGAGUAUGCUAUUUAUCACGAGUGCCAAGCUAGAGAAAUGAAGCACCACUUGACUUAUACUAGUUCUCAAAGUAAACCGGAGGGAGAAGAUUUUUAUCUUUGCGAGAGUUGUGAAAUUAAAAGAACCGAAGAAGAAUGCGGAAACUGUGGCAACUCGCUUGACUUAAACGCAUGCGAAGAUUGUCAAGAACUCUUUUGCUUAGAUUGUUGCGAUU